GCGUUAAGUGCUAAGUCUUAAAUCCGUCGCCAUGAAAGAUGCUAUCGCUGCCAAUCAAAGUGCGGGGCUUCGGAUUUCGCGAAUGAAAUCCAUACCUUAAGUACGACUUACAACCAAAGCCCCUAUAACUAGCUUAAGGAGUUAUCUACGAUCAUAAAACCUCUUCGGUUUAUUACCUAGGUACCUAGUUAUACUAUCCCAUAUGAACAUGGUUGAAGUUGAGAAGUACUAUCUUCCGCCUACUCGCCUCAUACCUAAUUCUCCAUGGCCUCUGCUUUAUUAUAAAGGACUCUUGGUCGCCCCCUCCGAACGUCGACCUGAUGCUAUCCAUGACACGCUCGAUAAAAAUCACUGGGAAACACAGUGGAUAUUUCGGUAUGGCUCAACUCAGCCAUCGCAUUAUCAUUCACGAAUCCAUGAAGCUAUGGUCGUGCUCUCUGGCAGGGCAACUAUUAGAUUUGGUGUCGCGGAUACGGAUCCUGACCUUGAUAAGAAUACCUGGGGUGGCGCAAAGGAAGAGGGAGGGAUAGAGGUGACGGCUAGCAUUGGAGAUGUUUUCAUAAUCCCUGCCGGUGUAGCUCAUAAGACAUAUAAUACUAGCCCUAGCGCAGAAUUUAGUCUGUUAUCACCAGGCGAUGGACACGGGAUACCUGGUCCCAAUGCCCGGGAGUGUUUAGCCAAUAUACUGGUUUCUGGGUUCACGAUGGUGGGCGCUUACCCUAAGAACUGCGGCCACUGGGACUUCUCUAUUGGGGAAGAGGACGUGGGAGACUUUGAGACUUCGUGGAAUAUUCCGAAGCCAGAGAAAGAUCCCUUUCUAGGUGAUUCAGAGGAUGGGAUUGUUGGACAGUGGAGUGCUACCGAGAUCAUUGAGAGAAGAACGUCAAUCUCUAAGCCCUGAAUGCUCUGUCGAUAUCAAUUGUCAAGGGAAGAAGUUGCUAUAGUCCUGAUAAGACUCAUGGUAUUGGAGACAAGGAACAAUUGAUCAUAUAUCAAGGAAUCUAAACUUGGGUAAUUUUCUAAUUUAUCAGUCUCCCCAAUUACAAUAGGCGAGAUCAAUGAGGCUAUGUCUGAACUAUUAUUUGCGAAGGUGGAAGAUAUCAUCCAGGAGCUUGAAAAGGGGAACUAAUUAAACAAAGUUUGAAACAGCUUGUAGGCGCUUUCAUUAGCAUCAAGAACUGGAAAAUGAUCUUCCCCAUAUUCUGGCGUCUAGUAACCGAUAACCUCUUGGCUUCUUACCUGAG